AUAUUAUACACACACAAAAUACGCAAAAAAAUACGCAUAUUAUAUAUUAUACGCACAAAAAUUAGAAUAAGUUUACUAGAGAACGUAUAUAUAUACAAGUUAAAAUAUUGAAACACUAAUAAAAUGUUUUUAAGCAUUUUUUUCUAUUUAUCAAUUAUACACUCCUUCUUUGCUGAAGAAUUUUUGUUUCCCUUAAGUCAGUAUAUGGAAGGCGUGAACGUCACUAACACAGCUCAGUUUCUAUGCCAACAUCAAGAUUCAAGUUUAAAAUUAUGUAACUGUCACAAUGACUGCUUCACGUCAAAAACAUGUUGCAUUGAUAAACUAUGGAACAACUCAAAUCCGCUGCCUUUAGAUUUAUACCUAGAAACACUUGUAAAAACGUCAAACUUACAUAAAGAUAUGGCGUGUGAGCAAGUUAUCCCGGUAGCCACACAUUCAGGACAUGUAAGUGAAAAAAUUUUAAUGGUGCAUUAUUGUCACGACGGUGCUGAGAGUAAUGCUAUCAACACAUGCUUAAACAAUAGCGACGCACAAUAUGUAAAAAACAUUCCCGUUAUAGGUCUAAACAAUAUAAUUUAUAGAAAUGCUGGUUGUGCGCGGUGCAACUUUGCUCAAUUUUUUGCUUUGAAUUUUUUAUUUGAAUGUCAGUUAGAAACUAAUAAAGAAAUAACUUUUGUAAAAGCAUUUAAAAUGGAUGAUCUUGGUAAUGAUGAGGAUGAUUUUCUUAACAAGUAUACUAAUUGCAAUAUAUCAUUGAUAAGAAAUAAAGAAAUAAAUAAUCAUAUUUUUAGUUGUUUUUCUCAAGACAAUUGUCCAAGGGAUAAUAAGUAUCAUGAUUUAUGUAAUGCGUACUCAGGAGUGUACCUAAACUAUAAAAACUACGAUUGCUUUAGAUGCUCCCUGGAAAAAAUAAUCAGACCAUUUAUAAAUAUAGAGUUGUUUAAUUUAAAUGAAACUAAAGUUGGGUCUAGUUUUAUAUCAGAGACUGUGUCUAUUGUUAAUAACCUUGAUUCAUACCCCACCUGUAAAACAGGAUUGUCCUACAACUACUUCACCACUAAAUGUGAAAAAAUCAUUUGUUGCUAUGGAUACACAGUAGUUGGUUCUGAAUGCUUAGAUUUACAAAAAAAACUACAAAUAAAAAAAGUUGAGAACGCAAGUUUUGAAACUUGUCUCACUAGCGAACAACUUGGCCUAUAUGUUAUUAUUGAUAACUUUAAAACUAUGAAAACAGACUUUUUUUCUGAUGAAGUAUCCACUAAUUGCAGUGUUGUCAAACAUGAUAAUUUAAAAAACUUAACUUUGUUACAAUGUAACAUGUCAGUUACCGAUUCUUUAGCAAAUUUUAUUAAAGAUAAGGAAAGGUUUACAACAUUUAAGCCGAUCGGGUUUACGUCAAUUUUUAUUAUGUCAGUUUAUCAUCAGCUAUAUACAGACCUUUAUGGUAUCGAUUUUAUAAGGACUUUUAGUAAUAAUAAAUUAUGCGCACAACCCGAAGAAUUAGAUAUUGCUGAAGGAAAUUUCACCAGCUCAUGUGAUUACAUAACUUCAUAUAAAAUAAUUAAAAACGAUGACCUUAUUAUAUGGAUUGAAGCUAGUAAAAACACAAUAAAAAAAAGGUUAAUCACUUGCAAGAAAUACCAUUUAAAAUCUAACUGUGUAUUGAGACCGCUGACAAACAAUUAUAUAGUAAGAAACAAAACACUAAUUUAUAAGUUCAUGAACAACGAAUACAACUUUACUGAGGAUCAGUUUCUACCAUUGGUUAAAGGAUUAGGAGUAUGCGAAAAUUCAUUUUCGAAAUAUGAGAAUCUUUUAAACUAUGUUGAAGAUCUUUUGUCAGUAAUUUUAAUUUCGGUUAGUAUCGUUUGUUAUUUUAUCAUAGUCAUAACCUAUGUUUACAUCAAAGAAUUGAGAAUUAUGCCUAACUUUAAUUUAGUAACACUGUGCAAUCUUUUAUUUUUAUCCGAUUCAUCUAUAUUAAUAGCUUUAUAUGGUAGCAAAAAAGAAAAGUUAUGCAAAUGCAUAGCUGUUAUUUUACAUUGGAGCUUAUUGGCGGUGUAUGUUUGGGUAUUGUGCACAGCAGUUGAACUGGCUUCGAAAUUUUCAAGAUUUGCUUCUAAGUCAAGUCGUAAAAUAUUUUUUACAUCAAGUGUCUUUAUUUCAAUUAUAGUUCCAACAAUAAUUGUGUCAGUGACGCUUCUGUUAAAUUAUACUGGAACAGCUGAUGUUGGGUAUGGUAAAAAUGAACACUGUUGGAUUGGUGGAUUUUAUGCAAGGCUUUAUGCUUAUACUUUACCGUUGACCGUAGUUUUAUUUUUAUCGUUUUUAUGUUUACUUUUAACAAUCUUUAAUAUAAGAAAACUUGAAAGCUCAAACAGAAAGAUAUUAGGCAAUAGCAGAAAGUCACGAGUGGACCUAUUUAUGAUUACCAUGAAACUAACAAUAAUCCUUGGUGUAACUGAUGCCCUUGUUUUCAUUAAAAUAUCCAAAGAUUUGUUGUCUGAAUGGGAGAAAAUAUUCAACGCAGUAUUUUCAGUAAUUUACACGUGUUGUCGAUCUUCGAAAGGAGUUAUGCUUUUUUUUGUCUAUAUUUGUACAAAAAAGGUUUAUAAAAUAUACAAGAAGCGUUACUUUUUGAAAUAUUCUCAAUAUCGUCACAGAGUUUACGAAUUUAACGAACAAAUAUCUUUAAGUGUGCAAACCUGGCUUUCAACAAAAAAAUGAGCAAAUAAAUAAAAAAAUUUAGAAAAACAAAAAUAACGCAGAACAAGUUGUUAAAAUAUUAAGUUUUACUAAUAAAUACAUAACGUUAUUAUCUAUAUACCUCUCACUUAUUAUAUAAAAAAAAAAGAUCUUUAAAAUGAGAAGGAGAAAACUGUAAAACAUCGAAAUUUAAUGAGUAUUAUACGAAAUAAGGAAAAUUAUGUUGAAAUUUUCUAUUAAAAAUUAGCUCACUACUUGAUGUAAUUUAGACCCUAAAAAACUAUUAUCUUUUAAAAAUCACUGGCAACAUCGUUUUUUCAAAACAGCAACACAAACUAUGUUUUAAUUAAAUUUUGUAAUUACAUUGUAAUGAUCCUUUAUAUUAUUAGAUGUCGUUAGUAAAAUAAGAAAAAAUUCACACUAUUU